UCCACUUGGGACAAACCAGGCAGCAGGUGUUGCGGCCAUUUCUCCUCUUUCCCAAUCGCGUCCUGGUGCCGUCCGGCCAUGUCUUCCGGGGCGCCGCCGCCGCAGCCGCCGCCCUACCGCCCGUACCGGCAGGCGCGCGCGGCGACCCCGCACGCCCGCGCCAUCUCCUGCGUGCGCUUCUCCCCCUGCGGCCGCCUCCUAGCCACCGCCUCCCUCGACGGCACCGUCGCCCUCCUCUCCCCCUCCUCGCUCGCCGCCAUCGCCACGCUGCGCGGCCACACCCACGGCGUCUCCGACCUCUCCUGGUCCACCGACUCCUUCUACCUCUGCUCCGCCUCCGACGACCGCACCCUCCGCAUCUGGGACAUCCGCUCCGUCCUCUCCGGCCCCAAGCCCGCCGACCCCGCCGUCGACCGCUGCAUCCGCGUCCUCAAGGGCCACACCAACUUCGUCUUCAGCGCCAACUUCAACCCGCAGACCAGCUCCCAGGUCGCCUCGGGAGGGUUCGACUGCACCGUGCGCAUCUGGGACGUCAAGACCGGCCGCUGCACCCGCGCCAUCGACGCGCACUCCGACCCCGUCACCUCCGUCCACUUCAUCAGGGACGGCUCCAUCAUCGUGUCCGGGAGCCACGACGGGAGCUGCAAGAUUUGGGAUGCGGGGACCGGGGCCUGUCUCAAGACGGUCAUCGAUGACAAGAAGCCAUCGGUUUCCUGCUCAAUGUUCUCGCCAAAUGGCAAGUUCAUCCUCCUAGCCACGCUCGACGACUCGCUGAAACUAUGCAAUUAUGCUACGGGCAAGUUCUUGAAGGUAUAUAGUGGACAUGCAAACAAAGUAUACUGCAUCCAGUCUGCGUUUUCUGUCACGAAUGGGAAGUACAUCGUCAGCGGGUCAGAAGAUAACUGUGUAUACAUAUGGGACCUCCAAGGGAAAAACAUUCUUCAGAAAAUGGAAGGCCAUACUGAUGCUGUCAUCUCAGUGUCCUGUCAUCCAACAGAAAACAAAAUUGCUUCUGGCAGCCUUGACAAUGAUAAAACUGUGAGACUCUGGGUUCAAGAUGGUUGAUGAACAUGCAGAGGAGAGGAUAGAUAGCCUCUGUGGACUUUAUGUAUAACCUAUGCAGGAAUGUUCAUCUCAAAGACAAGCUUGUUGCCGAGUCUCAACCUGGAGGUCAAGAGACAAUAACUUAGCCUUGCACCGCUUUGUUUUAAUCCGGGUUCCUCUUGGAGGUUCUGGGUCUCCACGGAUGAAUUGAUCUCCUAAUGUUGAGACGUGUUAUUUGGUGCCAAUGGAUGUUGUAAAAGUACAGUAUAGAAGAAUUGAACCUCCCUGCUCAUAAAUUGUAGUGCUCGUUUACUGAUUGGCAGUUCACAAAAGUAUUAAAGUGGUAUGUGGAUAGUAGGAUGCAUC